AUGAGACUCCGCAAAGCUGCCCGCGUUAUUCUCGUCGGCGCCCCCGGUGUUGGAAAAGGAACGCAGUCCGAACGACUCCUUCAACGGUUUCCCCAGAUCCAGUCCAUUAGCACCGGAGACCUGCUUCGCAACAAUGUCAAGCACCGGACCCCUCUCGGUAUCAAGGUCGAGAAGACCAUGAAGUCCGGCGGACUUGUCGCUGAUGAUUUAAUCAUGCGCCUCAUCUCCAAUGAGAUGUACAAGAACGGCUGGCUUCUAAACAGCCGCAGGAGACCGCAGGUCAUGACCUUGUCAUCUUCCGCCGCCACGGUUGAUUCGUUUUACGAGGAGCAGCUAGAUGACUUUGUCACGGCCACCGGAGCUCUAGACAGCCACGGGCCCCCCGAGGCAUCCGAAGACCCCGACGCCUCUUUCAUCCUGGACGGUUUCCCAAGGACUGCCACCCAGGCGGCGGUUUGCGACAAGCUGAUUCCCAUCAACUUGGUGGUGUCGCUCAAGACCCCUUUCAAUGUCAUCAUGGAGCGCAUCUCCGGCCGCUGGGUUCACGAGCCCUCGGGUCGCGUGUACAACACAUCCUUCAACGCCCCCAUGAUUCCCGGCAAGGACGACGUCACCGGAGAGCCCCUCACCCAGCGCCCGGAUGACACCGAGGCGGUGUACAAGGAGCGCUUCCGCAAGUUCCAGGAGACUAGCGAGCCUCUCCUCGAACACUACGACAAGAAGGGCGUUCUCUGGGAGGUCGAGGGCAUGAGCAGUGACGAGAUCAGUCCCCUGCUCUUCGACGAGUUCGAGAAGCGCUUCGUUCAUUGA